UUUGCCCCGCAGUCAGGACUGACCGUUUCGUUGGGAAUAUAUAAAUGUCAAAAUCAUGACAUAAAGCUUUUAUUUUUUUUAUACAGUGAAGUGUUGUGUUUAAAAAUAAAAGUUACGCAAGUGUGGUGUUUGGUUAUAUAAAGUAGAGCAACAGGAUGGCGGGAAUGAAUCCUCGUCUGGCGUUCGCCAUCGUUUCCUCAGCAUGCUGGUCAGCGUUCCAACACGGGUACAAUACAGGAGUCUUAAAUGCCCCCCAAGCGAUCAUGUCAGAAUGGCUUCAGAAGGAGGCGUUGACGGGAACAAAUGUAACGCUACCAGCGAAAGAUGACCCGAAGGUGACAACAGUGUGGUCGAUCGCAGUGGCCAUUUAUUGUGUGGGGGGUAUGAUUGGGGGCGUCAUCACCGGCGUCAUCGCUGACAGAUUUGGAAGAAAAGGUGGUUUACUCCUAAACAAUGGUCUGGUCUUCAUCGCAGCGGCGCUCCAAGGUUGUGCGAAGUUGGCGAAUUCAUCUGAAAUGCUCAUCGUUGGAAGGUUGAUAAUCGGAGUGAACAGCGGUCUGAACGCAGGUCUGACUCCGAUGUACCUGGCGGAGAUAUCUCCUGUUUCGUUACGAGGAUCGAUCGGAACGGUCUAUCAGCUGGUGAUCACAAUCACGAUACUGUUAUCUCAAGUCUUAGGACUGGAAUCAGUGUUGGGCACUGAUGGCGGUUGGCCGUUGCUGUUGGCGCUGGCCGCGAUUCCAGCUUUGAUCCAGUGCUGCACGUUACCGCUUUGCCCUGAAUCCCCGAAGUAUUUACUGCUGAACAAGGGUGCUGAACUUCACGCUCAAAGGGCUCUAAACUGGUUAAGAGGCGACGUCGCUGUCCACGCUGAAAUGGAAGAAAUGCACCAGGAAGCGGAGAAGAAUAAAAUAAGCAAGAAAGUCACGUUGCGUGAACUCUUCCGCAACCGUCAGCUCCGACAGCCACUCCUGAUAGCCAUGGUCGUGAUGGUCGCCCAGCAGCUCUCCGGGAUCAACGCUGUGAUAUUCUUCUCGACGGAUAUCUUCCAAUCAGCUAACUUGAGUGAGACGCAGAGCCAAUACGCGACUUUGGGCAUGGGAGCAAUGAACGUCGUGAUGACCGUCAUAUCUCUCCUGCUGGUGGAAGUCGCUGGCAGGAAGACGCUUCUCUUGACGGGAUUCACUGGCAUGCUGUUCUGUACCGUCGCGCUCUGUGUUGCCAAUUUAUACACGGCUCACGUGUGGGUGUCCUACGUCUGUAUAGCUCUGGUUAUACUGUUCGUGGUGAUGUUCGCAGUGGGCCCAGGUUCGAUUCCGUGGUUCCUUGUGACCGAGCUGUUCAACCAGGCAGCUCGUCCGGCGGCGUCAUCGGUAGCUGUCACCAUCAACUGGACCGCGAACUUCAUCGUCGGCUUGAGCUUCUUACCUUUAACGCUCAUCCUGGGUUCGAAUACGUUCGUAAUAUUCGCAAUAUUGCAGUUUAUUUUCAUUCUCUUCAUCGCUUUUAAAGUUCCGGAGACGAAGAACAAAACUAUUGAAGAGAUCACCGCAAUGUUCAGACAGCAGAUGUAAACAUCUAAAAUGUUUUUAAAUUAUUUUCGUACGUCAUUGAACACAACGUGAAGUUCGCGCGUAUCGCGUCAAUGAUCUUAUAAUAUAUUAUUAUGUACUAAAACCUUUUCCGAAUCGCGUUAAAUUUCGACAUAGUAGUUUUUUUCAGUUAUAGAUUACAAUAAAACGUCAACGAGUACAGAUAUGUUACUAUACAAACUAGUAUAACGCCAUUUAGGCACGUGUUAGAUAUAUCGAAACACAACUAAAAUCGGUGGUUGGUUCUGGUACGUCAAAGCAGCAGUACGAUAACAUUAAAUUAAUGAAACAUUCGCCCUGUCUCUCUUUAACUUUAUACUAACCCAUCUGCGAGAGAGAGAUGAAGCGAAUGUCAAACCGAUUCCGAUGACACGUUUCAUCUCUUUCCCACAUAUCGUACGUAUGUAAAGUUAAACAAAGACGGGACGAUAUCUAGAGGAUGUCAACGUCGAUAUUUAAUCCAAAUAUCCGUUACACAUCGAUGUCACAAAAUACAGAUAUCUCCCGUGCCUGUAGUAAAGUAAUGUGACGUUUGGGGUGUCGAGCAGAGCUGACACACACCAGAUAAUAAAGGCAUGUCUAUUUUUAUCAGCAUUGCAGAACUAUCGAUAGUUGACCUCGAAAAUUAUUCAGGAUAUCGAUAGUACUAUCGAUAGUGUUGUUUUGAUCAAUACUAUUAUACUU